GCGCGCACUCCGGGAAAGUCGCAGCGCGCAUCCCGAGGCUGCAGCCUGCCUCCUCCUCCGGCUCGCAGCGCCGGCCAGCGCGAAGCGGCCGAGCCCCUGGAGCAGCCCAGGGGUGGCGUGACGACCGUCGGGGGCGAGGACACGCCGGCGGAGCAGCCACACUGAAGACCCCCGGCUCCCUCCCCAGCCCCCGGGCCCGAGGACCGGGACCGGCGCCCGCGGCCGUCCCAGCAGGACUGCGUCCUCGCCGGCUCCCUUCCUCCAGCGCCGCCCGCCUCUGCCUGCGCUCCGACAUCCUGUCUGGAUCUCUGUACUGCUUGGUGCCUCCGGUCAUUUGCUUCCUCCCUGUCCAUACUUGAUCUUGAUCGGAGGGAAAGUUUUCAAACAUGCCCAUUGCACAGUUGCUGGAGCUAUGGAAAAAGAUAGAGGUGGAGCCCAUGGAAAUAGAGACCACCGAGGAGGACCUGCACCUAGACUCAGAGCCCGCAGAAGGCGCUGUGGGAGAAGUGACUGACAAGGGUGACCCGCCCUCACUCGAGACGAAGACAGCUGCGUCGGCCGAGGAAGAAGGCAUUGUGAAGGAGAUUGACAUCAGUCACCAUGUCAAAGCGGGCUUUGAGAAGGCCGACCCUUCCCAGUUUGAACUGUUGAAAGUUUUGGGACAAGGCUCCUAUGGAAAGGUGUUCUUGGUGAGGAAGGUCAAGGGGUCAGAUGCUGGACAGCUCUACGCAAUGAAGGUUCUUAAGAAGGCCACCUUGAAAGUUCGGGACCGAGUCAGGUCAAAGAUGGAGAGAGACAUCCUGGCAGAAGUGAAUCACCCUUUCAUCGUAAAGCUUCAUUAUGCCUUCCAGACGGAGGGGAAACUCUACCUGAUUCUGGACUUCCUGCGCGGAGGGGACCUCUUCACCCGGCUCUCCAAAGAGGUGAUGUUCACGGAGGAGGACGUCAAGUUCUACCUGGCGGAGCUGGCCUUGGCCUUGGACCACCUGCAUGGCCUGGGCAUCAUCUACAGAGACCUGAAGCCAGAGAACAUCCUCCUGGACGAAGAGGGGCAUAUUAAGAUCACAGAUUUCGGGCUGAGUAAAGAGGCCAUCGACCACGACAAGAGAGCCUACUCCUUCUGCGGGACGAUCGAGUACAUGGCGCCUGAGGUGGUGAACCGGCGGGGCCACACGCAGAGUGCGGACUGGUGGUCCUUCGGCGUGCUCAUGUUCGAGAUGCUCACGGGGUCACUGCCGUUCCAGGGGAAGGACAGGAAGGAGACCAUGGCCCUCAUCCUCAAAGCCAAGCUAGGCAUGCCGCAGUUCCUCAGCGUGGAAGCCCAGAGUCUGCUGAGAGCGCUCUUCAAACGGAACCCCUGCAACCGGCUGGGUGCCGGGCUGGACGGCGUGGAGGAGAUCAAGCGCCACCCUUUCUUCGUCACCAUCGACUGGAACAAGCUGUACAGGAAGGAGAUCAAGCCGCCCUUCAAGCCAGCGGUGGGCAGGCCGGAGGACACCUUCCACUUCGACCCUGAGUUCACGGCGAGGACGCCCACAGACUCGCCCGGCGUACCCCCCAGCGCCAACGCCCAUCAUCUGUUUAGAGGAUUCAGUUUCGUGGCCUCCAGCCUGGUCCAGGAGCCCUCGCAGCAAGAUCUGCACAAAGCCACGGUUCACCCUAUCGUGCAGCAGCUGCACGGGAACAACAUCCACUUCACUGACGGCUAUGAGAUCAAGGAGGACAUCGGGGUGGGCUCCUACUCCGUGUGCAAGCGCUGUGUGCACAAGGCCACGGAUACCGAGUACGCCGUGAAGAUCAUCGACAAGAGUAAAAGGGACCCCUCGGAGGAGAUCGAGAUUCUCCUGCGGUACGGCCAGCACCCUAACAUCAUCACCCUCAAAGACGUCUACGACGACGGGAAGUUCGUGUACCUGGUGACGGAGCUGAUGCGCGGCGGCGAGCUGCUGGACCGCAUCCUGCGGCAGCGGUACUUCUCGGAGCGGGAGGCCAGCGCAGUGCUGUGCACCAUCACCAAGACCAUGGACUACCUCCACUCGCAGGGGGUUGUUCACCGGGACCUAAAGCCGAGCAAUAUCCUGUAUGUGGACGAGUCUGGAAACCCCGAAUCCAUCCGCAUCUGUGACUUCGGGUUUGCCAAGCAGCUGCGAGCCGAGAACGGGUUGCUUAUGACCCCCUGCUACACGGCCAACUUCGUGGCCCCGGAGGUCCUGAAGCGGCAGGGCUAUGAUGCGGCGUGUGACAUCUGGAGCCUGGGGAUCCUGCUCUACACCAUGCUGGCGGGAUUCACCCCUUUUGCAAACGGGCCGGAUGACACCCCUGAGGACAUCUUGGCAAGGAUCAGCAGCGGAAAGUACGCCCUUUCCGGGGGAAACUGGGACUCCAUCUCUGACGCGGCCAAGAUGCACAGAGUCACUCCCAGGACAGUGGACGUCGUGUCCAAGAUGCUCCACGUGGACCCUCACCAGCGCCUGACGGCAGUUCAGGUCCUCAAACACCCUUGGAUCGUCAACAGGGAGCACCUGUCCCCAAACCAGCUCAGCAGACAGGACGUCCACCUGGUGAAGGGAGCCAUGGCCGCCACCUACUUCGCUCUCAACAGAGCCCCUCAGGCCCCGCGGCUGGAGCCCGUGCUGUCGUCCAACCUGGCCCAGCGCCGGGGCAUGAAGAGACUCACGUCCACGCGGCUGUAGCCGAGCCCCGCGCCUUCUCCUGCAGCCCGGAGAGGAUCAGACGGUGACCUCCGGACGCGCGGCCAGGCCAACCUACCCCCUCCGCCCCCACCAACCAGACGGAGUCCCUCCUGCACCCCUGACCGUGCCGAGCACCCGGGGGCUCCUCCCGGCCCGUGAGCCUUGCACAUGGCUUGUGUUUCUGUGGAGAGAUGCCUCCUCCAGCUGUAAAGUCAGCAACCUGGUUCCACCUCCGGCACACGCGGCCUGGAUGUCACCGCGAGGAGGGGGCGGUUCCCGGCCCCUGCGCUCGGCCUGUGCCCGCGGCUGAGUGACCUGCGGGCGGCGGGCGGACGCCUGGUCCCUCCGAAUGAACCAAAGAGCCCUUGUCUCCUCCAACCCCCGCCCCCCGCUUGGACCGAGACGCCGCCUUCUCUCCUGUUGCAGAGCUGGGGAGGGGCGAGGCCACCUCAGAACCAGUGGCCGCGUUUCACAAGCAUCGCUGGUGUCCCCUCGCCCGGGAAGGAGCCAGCCGAAGCCUGUGCCCCCCUGACGAGGACCGGGAGCUGGCGAAGGGCUGCUCCACUCCUCUCCCGAACUUGCGAGAGGUCCCGGGCUCCCCCGAGUGCUGGCUCUCCCUUUCCUGGUCCGUGGAAGCGCCGCGGUGGCCGCCGGAAACCCCGAGCUCGGUUGGCUCCCUGCGCCCUCUCUCUGUUGCCCUGGAGACCGCUGCCGCGUCCCCGCCCCGCCCGGGGCCAGAGGCGAGCAGCAGGAUGCUCGCAGAGGGCAGGGGUGCCCUUUGUGGAAGCUGUGCUUUCGUGCGGUGUGUUGUGUUUCUGUCGCACAGGGCUGUCCUCAGCUGAAGCGUCAGGGAUGUUUAAUGUCUCUGCAGGGCGUGUGCACGGGGGAGUGGGCGUCGUCCGGCAGCGCUGGGCCCCCCUGCACUCAGGCGGGGAGGGCGCGCCUGUUCUCAGCCAGGUUUUCACCAAGAAGACAGGAUUUAAAAGUCCCUCCGUCUCCACUCACUCUGGCACCCAACCCCAAAAUCAAUGAAUGCCGCACUCUAAAACUAUAGCUCCCUAGCUCUGUCUAAUGGUCUUCAGACCUUAAAAUACAAGCAUAUUGCUGAAGCUUUAAUUAUUCCACGAGGCUUUUUUUCCCCCUCAGAACCACACACAAUGAAAAGGUGGGAACAGAUCCAUGUACCUGUUUUCCCACAAAACCCUUUCAGGCAUUUCUCAUAUUUCUCAAUAGAAAGUGAGGCUUUUUUUCCCCCGAGGCUCAAGAGACUUCUACCCGCAAGAGUUUUGUCUUGGGUCAGAACGGUUUCACCUGUUAUUGGACACUUAGGCAAACCCGAGUGGCCCCAGGUCACAGGUUUUGCCCUCCCGGAGAUGGACGAUGUUCCUUUGUGUCUUGUUUACUGCACAGAGGACGUCCGGCCCACGGGCUCCUGGGCCUUUGUCCUGGGCUUGUGGGCAGGUUCGUUCAUUUGCUUCGAGUCGGAGCCUUGCGAUGGAGGGAGAGAGAAGGCGAAGGAGGUGCAGCGCUGGGAGGGGAUCGGCGUGACCUCUGAGCGGCCCGCGGGCUCCGCUCGCCUACGUGCAGCCCUCCACUCUGACGUCUCAGAGCGCCGCGGGGACCCCGGCACUCAGCCCGCGCCCGGCUCUGCGGACCCCGCCCCCCCAGCUCUGCAGAACGCCCGACGACCUGACUGUCGGUGCAGCGCCCCCCUCCCUCACCCUCGUCGGAAACGAGGCUUUCUGCAGAAAGUCCGCCGGGAGAAGUCAAGAGCCUAUUUUCAACUGAACUUGCAGAAGUCUUGAGUGAAGCGGCCCACGGCUGGGCCUUCUGACCGGCGGGCGGGGUGUGAGUGCAGGUGCGGUUGCUGUGCCUCCACCGCUCACACGCGGCUUCGCAGGGCGUGUGCGCCUCGAGUGGCCGCCAGCAGGCCAGCCGGCUGCCCCGCCCCCUCACAGAGCCAGCCCCCGCAGCCCCCGCCCCCCGCCCUUCAUAGCAACCGCAGAUGCCCAGCCCUGGAUCGCAGGCCUCCCGCCCAGACGCGCCCUCUGGGGCGCCCCCUCUGGUCUCAUCCAGCCUGCCCCCUCUGCUUUAAGAGAAGCACCCGACUCGCCCCCUCCCCAGUGAAAGCUUUGCGCCCCGUGUCAGAGCCGCGGAGAGUGGGCUUUCCCGUGUUCCCCAGGUCGGGCUGUCCGGGCUCCCAGACCCCCCUCGCUGUUAGGAAGGUCGUCGGUCUGCGAGUGGUCGCAGCACUGACGGAGCCAGUGUGUUCACCGGCUGUCGCCCCGCCCCGCCCCCGGUCCCCUCGCCUCCCCGGUCCCCUCGCCUCCCCAGCCCCGCCCCCGCAGGAGGAUCUGAUUUGCACUCUUCUCUGCCCACGUGGGCUGGCUCCCUGCGCCUCUCCCGAGGGCCGUGGGGUUCUAGCUUGGAGGGGGCGCUGAGCUUCUGAGGGCUCAGGCCACUCGGGAAGGGACCUGCGCUCCGCCCCGCCGCCCAGCACUUUGCACCCCAGCCCGCAUCCGUGUUUACAGGGGACUCGUGCUCACGCUUUAUAUUUUAUGUUGGAGAUGGGCGGCCACCCUACCGUAUUUAUUACGCUUUCCAGACUUUCUGAAUAGGUUUUUUAAUAAACACGGGUUUUAUGAAGUGUACUAUUCUUCUAGCACAGCUCUGACACUGGCCUUUCUGUUCUGUUAGGGUGACCGCCUGCAGGUAAGCGCCUGGCCUCCCGCCUCUCGCCCUCCUGCCAGCCUCUGGCACUGCCCCCGGCCUCCUCUCGUCCCGGGGGCCCGAGGUGUGGCUGUGUCUCUGCACGUGUGGGUGUGAGUGCUGAGUGCGUGUACGUGUGUGUUUGCGUGUGCACGCCCCAGGCAGCUGGACAGGAGACAGUGGACAGUUGUGUUGUCAGCGAAGCAGGCCUGGGGGGGGGCAGUGAGCUGCUGGUCUCCAUCCCCACGGUCUCCCCGGGUGCCUCCACGGGCCACUUCACGCCCAUCUUUUCUUUGUACAGAAUAAAACAAGAAGCUACGCUGUUGGUCA